GCGACCGAAGCCGAUCAAAUCCUUUUGCGGCUGAGGGAGCGAGUCGUAGGUCUCCUCUUCCCCGAUCCACUGAGUUGGACGACAGCAUGCUUAUCCGAAGGAUCACCUGCGCCCGCGCGCUUCCUCUCUCCAUCCCUAUGGCCACUUCCCCUCUCUUCUCCCACCUCAAACCCCCCUCCCCUUCCUCCCCGCUUCCUCCCCGCGUCCUCUCCUCUUCCCGUUCUUUCCCUUUCUCGUCUCUCGCCUCCGCCUCUCCCAGCAAGCCCUCCUCUAAGAGGGCCAACCCGCCGAUCGCAGCUCUCGUCGAGGUUGGCGGCGUCAAGAUCGCCAAAGAUGAUGUGGUGCGGGAGAGCGAUCCCACGAACAACGUGCCCGACAAUAUAUUUUCCAAGAUUGGCUUGCAGCUGCACCGGAGGGAUAACCAUCCAAUUGGGAUUUUGAAGAAUGCCAUUUAUGAUUACUUCGAUACCAGUUACUCCUCCAAGUUCGUCAAGUUUGACGACCUUUGUCCCAUUGUUUCAGUCCAGCAGAAUUUUGAUGAGGUGUUGGUUCCUGCUGAUCAUGUAAGCAGGAGUUAUAAUGAUACAUACUAUGUUAAUGCAGACACUGUUUUAAGGUGUCAUACAAGUGCUCAUCAGGCAGAGCUAUUGAGGGAUGGACACAGCUAUUUUCUUGUAACAGGGGAUGUCUAUCGUCGAGAUUCCAUUGAUUCAACUCACUAUCCUGUGUUUCAUCAGAUGGAAGGGGUUCGUGUCUUCUCUCCAGAUGAAUGGGAAGGUAGUGGUGCUGAUGCACCAUCUUAUGCAGCCAUGGACCUAAAGAAGUGUCUUGAGGGGUUGGCAAGGCAUCUUUUUGGUGCUGUGGAAAUGCGGUGGGUUGAUACUUAUUUUCCCUUCACCAACCCAUCAUUUGAGUUAGAGAUUUAUUUUCAGGAAAGAUGGAUGGAAGUGUUGGGAUGUGGAGUGACUGAACAGGAGAUUCUUAGUAGAAACGGUAGAAAGGAUUGUGUUGCAUGGGCCUUCGGGCUUGGAUUAGAAAGACUUGCAAUGGUUCUCUUCGAUAUACCAGAUAUUCGGCUUUUCUGGUCCACUAAUCAGCGAUUUACUUCACAAUUCUCAGAGGGCAAGCUUGGUGUCAAGUUCAAACCUUUUUCAAAGUUUCCUCCCUGCUAUAAGGAUAUCAGUUUUUGGAUCACCGACUCCUUUACGGAGAACAAUUUAUGUGAAGUCGUUAGAGGAAUUGCUGGGGAUCUUGCAGAGGAGGUGAAGUUGAUCGACAAUUUCACUAAUAAAAAGGGCAUGACCAGCCAUUGUUAUAGAAUAGCAUUCAGAUCGAUGGAACGCUCACUUACAGAUGACGAGAUAAACCAGUUGCAGUGGAAUGUUAGAGAAGCAGUGCAGAACAAGUUACAUGUCACACUAAGAUAAGAGCCAAGUCUAAUAGCCCAAUGUUCUUAUUUUAUAUGAAGUUGCAUGAUCGAGUUGAAUUUUGAUAUUAUUAAGCUCAUUACAAAGUAUUUUUCAUUCAAUAAUGCUUGUAAGGACUGUGUUUAAAUGUAAUACCCCCUAUUAUUUUUUAGUGACAAUGAUGUUAAGACAAUUUGCAUGAUUAUGAUAAUGAUUUCUAUUUGAAGUA